GCUUUAACCCCUCCCCGCCCCGCGCCUUCCCGGUGUUUUCGUUGUGCGACUGAUGGCGACUGUAAUAGACUUAAGUUUUAUUGUUAUUGAACGUAAUCUGUGAACAAUACUGAAUGUUUUAAGCAACUAUGGACGUAGCCUCUGUGAGAAAUGCAUUCCUUAGCACUGACGUUGUCUGUGUUAAAUGUUUUCGUUCCUUCGUUUUCUCUGGCGUUGGGGGAUACCUUAAAAUUUUUGAUUUGACUUCCACGAGAUGUGUGAAAGAAUUAGAAGUGUUCAGAGGCCAUAAAAUUUAUGGAAUCAUACCUAAUGAGGAAGAUUACAUUUUAAUUUAUGGGAGUAAAUCUGUCAAAAUAUUUACAUUUUCUUCUGUUCAGGAUGAUGUUUUAUUGACAUGUAUUGCAAAUAUAACAUUGGAGGACUGGAUCCUCGCUGCACACUGGAUCUCUUCUGCAACUCAAGUUGUUCUUGUUACUGCUCACAAUGUUACCUGGCUCUGGUCUUGGAAAGUCAUCGGAGGUUUGAAUUUGAAACGUUCUGACUGCCAUGAAAAGUGCAUACUAUAUUCUGCUACUAUUUGUGGUAAUGACUGGUCUAGUUGUGUGGUGUUUGGAGGAACUGUAUUCAGAGAAAUUGUAAUCUGGCUACCAGGAGACUGCAUUGAGGGGGACCAACCAGUUUUACAUAGACUUGAGGGUCAUGAUGGAGUAAUAUUUUCUCUAACUUGGGAUUGGAGUAGUUCUUCUUUGUGUUCUACAUCUGAUGAUAGAAGUAUUCGUUUGUGGACUAUUACCCUAUCUGAAAAAUAUGACUGGAAAUCUUCGAGUGUCACCUGUUCUCAAAUAUUUUAUGGCCACUCAGCACGAGUUUGGCGGAGUAUUAUUAUUCUGGACUACAUAGUUAGUGUUGGAGAGGACUGUCAAGUAUGUGUGUGGAGCAGGAAGGGGAAACUACUGCAAACCCUAGAGAGAUCUUCUAGUGGUUGUCAGUGGAGUUUAGAUUUCAGUACUGAACAUCAACUUCUGGUUACUGGAGCAGGAGAUGGAUCAAUACAAUUGCUUCCACUCUCUUUCAAUUCAACUACACCAACCAUUCUACCAGUCUGUUACCAGAAUGGUCUUGUUGAAAGUAUUAAAUCACACCCUCGUAAAUUGGUCCUAUUGUCAAUAGGACGUAUUGUUACUGUUACUGAGGAUGGAACAGUACUGAGUGGUUACCCAACUAUUCCAAAUUCAUGGUCAAUUCUCUGUAAAGAUGAGAGAUUUUCCAAUUAUUGUUUAUUAUCUGUAGCUCCAAAUAGAAGAAAGUUUUCUCUGGCUUCCCUCAAAGGACUUAUUCUUAUAAAACAAGGUUUCAUAACUGAUUUGGAGCAUUGGACCUUAGAACAGCAAGUGGAAAAUGGGAAAAUUUGGUCGUUGUUAUGGCUUUCUAAUGACAAAAUAUUGGUGUGUGGUGACCAAGGUCGUUUAAGUAUAUGGCAGCUACCUGAAGAGCCAGGUCUGAAUCUAAUGUGUGUAGGAAGAUUCUUACUGCCUCGAUCUCGUGAGCGCUGGCCAACGUGUGCUACUGUAGUCUGUCGAGAUGGCAAAACUUUUCUCUUGUGUGGAGACCGUUGUGGUUCAUUGCAUUUAUUUCACCUCCAAAUUCCUACUAGUAAAGAACAUUUACCUGCAGAUUAUUCAUUAUCAAGAUUACAUGGAAAACUAGGAUCAACUAGUAUUUUAGAGGUUGGCUGUCUUAUUCUUUCAACGGGACGAGAUGGUGUAAUUAGAUCAAUCAGCAUAGAUAGUAAGUUAGUACGAAUGUCAGUAAUGUCCAAUGACAAAAUGAUAUUGGAUUGGGUCUGUGCUAUUCUUCCCAUAUCUUCAAGUCUAGAACAUCUUCUACUACUAGGAUUUAAAGAGACAAAUAUGAUUAUUUGGAGCUUGAAAGAAAGAAGAACAAUAUUUCAGAUUGAUUGUGGAGGUGGUCAUCGAUCAUGGGACUGUGUCAUAUCUAAUUCAAACCAACUGGAAAUUGUUUUUGUUAGGGAAAAGAACAUAUUUUAUUCAUUACAAUCCUUGGAUACGUUAAUGAAGCCAACCUUACAGCAUGGAAUAAGUUCUAGAGAAAUGAACUGUGCCUCUGUACUCUACAAUCAUUCAGCAAGUAUUUUGUUGGGUGGUGAAGAUGGCUCUGUAUAUCUCUGUGAUUUUUUGGAUAAUCUUUCAGGGUUGAAGAAAAAAAUAACACUCACAAGUCACAUAUCAAGUGUUCGCUGUGUGUGUGUUCAUAAUAAGUUUUUUUUUACUGCUGGUGGCCGUGCUCAACUGAAAGCAUGGUGUGUAGAAGAGGGAUUUGAAAAAGAAAAUUCAUGCGUGGAACUGGCGUCACAUAUGUUGAAAGGUGAACGAAGUUCUAGAUCACCACCCUCUAUCGACCCUGAGAUGCGUUACAUGACGCUAUGUACUGUUCCAAGCUGUGAUGAUGAUCCUGUGUUGUAUAUUGUGUCGGGUUGUUCAGAUGGUGCUCUAAGAUGGAUGACUUUUGAUUCCACUGAAAAGACUUUUAAAGUUCUUGGUGAAUCAAUGUUUCACAGUAAAUGUGUGUUGAAAGUGCUCACUGUAUCACUAGGAAAAAGAUCAAUUUUGAUAUCUACUGCUACAGAUGGCAGAAUCGCUCUGUGGAAUGUUGCUCCUGAGAUGUUUAACAGGCCUGAUAUGAUGGAGGAGCCUAUACUUAGUUAUCAGUGUCAUCAAUCAGGAGUGAACAGCAUCCAAGCAACAGUUCGUUCCCUUCGUGAGGAAACUAUCCUUAUUUUAGCAAGUGGUGGGGAUGACAAUUCGGUUGUGCUAAGUGCUUUGAAUGUGAAACAAAACGAUGCAUUUGUCUUUUCAAAAUGGUGUUCAAGUUCAGCACAUGCUGCUCAAGUAACUGGUGUUUGGCUCUUUGGGCAGUUGCUGAUUAGCACGUCAAUAGAUCAGAGAUUGACAUUUUGGUGUUGGUCUUUACAUCAAACUGAAAGUUCUGAGUUGAAAUGCAAAUUUCUUUGCCAGACCAUUAGUUCUGUGCCAGACAUCCAGGACAUCCAGGUCUGGAAAAAAGGGAAUCUGUUGUGCGUGUGUGUUGUGGGAAAAGGAGUUCAGAUUUUUACCAUCCCCAUUGACAAAAAUGAUAAUCCAGUAAUGAGGACCCUAUAAUAAUAAGCACUUGCUCAGAUCUUUGAGCCGAAUAUGUACCAUAUAAAUAAAUACACUAUAAUGCAAUUUUAUAAGAAAGGUA